AUGGGACCUCAAAAGAAUGGUUUUGAAAUAGAAAGGCUGGAGAUCGUAAAAAAUCGUGACAAAUUCAAUCAUUUCCGUCAACAAAUUGAAAUUGUUGAAAGUCGUCAAGCUCAAUCGGUGUUUCAACCAGUGUUCGAUUAUGAAUCAAAUCCUGAAGAACGACAAAAAGUAUUGAAACGAUUAGAUGGUUUAUGUGAACAAGUGACACAUAGUAGAAAAGCAAAUAUUGUUCGAGUAUGGCAUGGUUGUAAUAAAAAACUAUUACCACAGCUGCUGGGUGAAGGCUUUGCUUCAUUAGGACAACUUGAUGAGGGUUGGUUUGGUAAAGGCAUAUAUUUUUCAUCAAGUGCUGAAUAUGCAUCACGUUACUGUCCACAAAAUGAAAAUGCAUGUCUAUUAAUGUGUUAUGUAUUAGUUCUAAAUCCAUUUCCUGUCAUUUAUGAUGAUGCACCAAAAAAUGUUAAACCAGAUAAAUUUCGAUUUUAUGGACGUGGUAAUCAUCGUACUUUCCAAUGUCAUUAUAUACCAGUUGCUCCAGUUUCUCGUGAAAAGUCUAUAAUAGAUUUUCGUCCACCACUCGAGGGUACAGAUCAUGCAGACUAUGAUGAACUAGUUGUUUUUGAAAGUGCAAAUAUAUUGCCACAAAUUGUUGUUCAUCUGAAAAUACCGGGACUUCUAUCACCGGAAAUACAGUCCGUACCGGCUUUUAUAGAUGCACCUAUACCGAGUAAACGCAAGGAUUGUAGUCAAAAUCAUCCUUCAUUCGAUCAAGAUCGAUUUAUCGCAUCUCCUGCUCAAGAUCAAUUCGAAAUGAAUAUAAUUAACGUAUCAGUAGGUAAUCGUGGUGAUAACGAUGGUUUUGAUCGUCGGCGGCGAGACGAUCGUGAUGCUGAUGAUGAUUUUGAUCGUCGUCGACAAGAUGAUGGCAGAUACAACUCUGAUUGA